AUGGCCACCCCGUCCGUCGUGGUGGUGCAGCCGCAGUACAGCAUGGUUAAUCCCACUCUCGCGAGGAGCUUGUGGCAGACGGGGCUGAUGGACUGCUGCACCGACUGCGGUGUCUGCUGCUGCGGGAUGUUCUGCUACCCCUGCCUCGCCUGUCAAGUGGCAGGGGACAUGAACGAGUGUUGCCUGUGUGGGUCCAGCGUGGCCAUGAGGACCCUCUACCGCACCAGAUACAACAUCACGGGGUCCAUUUGCUCUGACUUCUGUGUCACCAUGUGGUGCCCUGUGUGCUCCGUCUGCCAGCUGAAGCGGGACAUCAACCGGCGGAAGGAGCUGGGCAUAUUCUGGUAA